UCCCUUCACCUAUGUUCUUUGUUCUGUCUUUUGCUUCUCUCUCUUUCCUCCCAUCACAUACUCAGUCUAAUUCUUCCUGUUUUGUUCCAAAUGGACUUUUCCUCAGUUUGGGAAUAAGAAAGUCUUGCAACCUUUCUUUCUUUUUUUUUGAGUUGAGGCAUCAAGCUGUUACUUUGUGAGAAGAAUUAGUUAUAUUUGCAGAUUGGAAUAGAAAAUGGCGACUGAAUCGUCAGAGGGCGAAGAAGAAGGGAAGAUUACAGGAGGGACUCAACAUCUGAUUGUAGAUGAUGAUCUUAGAGAAAUGGGCAAAAAGGCUGCUUGGAGUGUCAGCUCUUGCAAACCUGGCAAUUGCGUAUCUUCUCUUCGUGAUGACAACCUUGAUUCCUUUUGGCAAUCUGACGGUGCACAGCCUCAUUUGGUGAAUAUUCAAUUCCAGAAGAAAGUAAAGCUGCAAUUGAAGCUGGUUAUACUCUAUGUGGAUUUCAAGCUUGAUGAGAGCUAUACCCCAAGUAAGAUCUCUAUUCGAGCUGGCGAUGGAUUUCAUAACUUGAAGGAGAUCAAGACUAUGGAGCUUGUCAAGCCAUCUGGCUGGGUUUAUCUAUCCUUAUCUGGAAAUGAUCCUAGGGAAACUUUUGUCAAUACAUUUAUGUUACAAAUUGCGGUGCUAUCAAAUCAUCUUAAUGGAAGGGAUACUCAUGUACGGCAGAUCAAAGUUUAUGGACCUCGAACGAAUCCUAUACCCCAUCAGCCUUUUCAAUUUACUUCAAGAGAGUUUAUAACAUACUCUUCUGUGAGAUAAGAAAUGUGAUCUAGCAAGAAAGCAAAGGAAUAGAACCCUGGAUUGACCAUCCAAGAAUAUGCGAGCUUCAUUUUUGGGCAUCUGUAAACUCUUACGUUCUGCAAUUACCAAAGAAAGAAGAUAUUCAGAUUGAGAUAAUAUUACCAAUUGUCACCAGAAACAUUGUUACCGUAUGCUUUUGAGUGACAAAGAGUAAAGCUGAGUGGAAAAGAAAGUUAAUUGAAUGGUUUAAAAUUAUGGCCCUACCUUAUAACGAUCAGUUUUCUAGGUAUGUGGCUUUGUCUAGUGUUAAGAGUUUCAAUCUGUUUUUAAAUGAUAGUUCUAACUUGAGGCUGUUCAAUUUAGGUUUCCACCUACUUGUUUCUAUUUGUGCUAACAACAGGUUCCACCUAUAUUUGAAUUGCUGGAGAAUUGACUUUCCAUGUCAAACUCAAGCUAAGCCAUUGUUUAUCUAUGCCUGUCUUUUAAUGGGAUUUAAGAAGCCUUUAUUUA